CGUCCAUCUCCAUUAUCAACUUACCUCAAGUUUAAGCCUCGCAUACCUUCCGAAUUUUCCAAUGGCCCGUACCAAGCAGACCGCCCGCAAGUCGACUGGAGGCAAAGCUCCACGUAAACAACUCGCAUCCAAGGCAGCUCGCAAGACCGCUGCUGUUCCCGCCGGAGGUGUCAAGAAACCUCAUCGCUUCCGUCCUGGUACCGUUGCUCUCCGUGAAAUUCGUCGUUAUCAGAAAUCCACGGAGCUCCUCAUCCGCAAGCUCCCAUUCCAACGUCUUGUGCGUGAGAUCGCACAGGAUUUCAAGACCGAUCUCCGUUUCCAAUCCUCUGCUGUCAUGGCACUCCAGGAAGCCGCUGAGGCUUACCUCGUCUCGCUGUUCGAAGAUACCAAUCUCGCAGCUAUUCACGCCAAGCGUGUCACCAUUCAACCUAAAGACCUUGCGCUUGCUAGACGCCUGCGUGGAGAGCGAUCAUAAGUUAGUGACUGAGUAAUAAUUUUAAAGUGUUGUAUUUGUCUUGUAAUCGGGUUCUGCGAGCUUCUGUAUGAAUGAUACCAUCUUUCUUCUGCCCAAGA